AUGAAUCACAGUCUCACACUCAACAAAAUGAUCACAUUUUUCUUAUUUGUGUUAAACACUACCACAACACUUUCUACACUUAUUCAUUACCAACUUCCUCCAAGCCAGAGUUCUCACAAAACACUUAUUGCUAACAUUACGCACAUCCCUUUCCCACGACAAGCUCGCACACUCCACAUCCCUUUCCCACGACAAGCUCGCACACUCCACAUCCCUUUCCCACAAGCUCGCACACUCCACAUCCCUUUCCCACAAGCUCGCACACUCCACAUCCCUUUCCCACAAGCUCGCACACUCCACAUCCCUUUCCCACAAGCUCGCACACUCCACAUCCCUUUCCCACAAGCUCGCACACUCCACAUCCCUUUCCCACAAGCUCGCACACUCCACAUCCCUUUCCCACAAGCUCGCACACUCCACAUCCCUUUCCCACAAGCUCGCACACUCCACAUCCCUUUCCCACAAGCUCGCACACUCCACAUCCCUUUCCCACAAGCUCGCACACUCCACAUCCCUUUCCCACAAGCUCGCACACUCCACAUCCCUUUCCCACAAGCUCGCACACUCCACAUCCAUUUCCCACAAGCUCGCACACUCCACAUCCAUUUCCCACAAGCUCGCACACUCCACAUCCAUUUCCCACAAGCUCGCACACUCCACAUCCAUUUCCCACAAGCUCGCACACUCCACAUCCAUUUCCCACAAGCUCGCACACUCCACAUCCAUUUCCCACAAGCUCGCACACUCCACAUCCAUUUCCCACAAGCUCGCACACUCCACAUCCAUUUCCCACAAGCUCGCACACUCCACAUCCAUUUCCCACAAGCUCGCACACUCCACAUCCAUUUCCCACAAGCUCGCACACUCCACAUCCAUUUCCCACAAGCUCGCACACUCCACAUCCAUUUCCCACAAGCUCGCACACUCCACAUCCAUUUCCCACAAGCUCGCACACUCCACAUCCAUUUCCCGCUCCCACGACACAUCACUUCGCUCACCCUCCGACACUCCACAUUCAUUUCCCGCUCCCACGACACAUCACUCCGCUCACCCUCCGACACUCCACAUUCAUUUCCCGCUCCCACGACACAUCACUCCGCUCACCUUCCGACACUCCACAUUCAUUUCCCGCUCCCACGACACAUCACUCCGCUCACCCUCCGACACUCCACAUUCAUUUCCCGCUCCCACGACACAUCACUCCGCUCACCCUCCGACACUCCACAUUCAUUUCCCGCUCCCACGACACAUCACUCCGCUCACCCUCCGACACCCCACAUUCAUUUCCCGCUCCCACGACACAUCACUCCGCUCACCCUCCGACACCCCACAUUCAUUUCCCGCUCCCACGACACCUCACUCCGCUCACCCUCCGACACUCCACAUUCAUUAUCCGCUCCCACGACACUCUCCGCUCACCUCCGACACUCCACAUUCAUUGCUCUCUCGCAAGACAAAUCGCCCAGUUCACUUCUGAACUAUUCCGCCAUUCCGCAUUCAUUACUCAAAUGA